CAGCUCUCUGUGACAGGGGUCCCACUGACCCUGAGGCACGACCAAAAGCGAUGUCGAACCGGAGCCGGUAAAACCCUUUCACGAGUAAUCCCAUUUGCUAUUGUGAUCGUCCAAUAGCAGAAUGCCCUCCGCUUGUUAAGCAUUUGACUUGACUUGGAUUUUUCUUUAGCCCACUAUACAGCGCUCGCUUCUCUCUGUAGCCCACUGACGCCGUGGACGCACGGAGGAUUUCGUCAUACUGAAGCGAUGGUUGAGCGGGGAUAUCCGAAGAGAAGGGAUUCGUUGCCUUUUGCUUAGAAGUAUUCUUGAAUCACCCGCCGGCGGCUGCUGUUACUGGUAGAUUUUGUUCGAGAAAUGCAUGACAAAAGCCAACCACAGCAUACUUCUCCCACAUCCAGGGGCUCGUCGUUUUUUAUCGAGAAUAUACUUGGCACGUGUAGGACAGACAAGUCUGUGCGUCCUAUACAGGAUGGCGAUGGCACGGGCAGAGAGAUUGUUCUUAAGGGCAGCAAGGCGUAUCGGAAAGAAAUGUGCAGUCAAGCAUCCAGCACAGGCGUCAAGACAGAGAUGUGUCGGAGCACACCGAUUCUGGGGUGGUAUGGACGGGAAACCCUUAAGAGUCCAAGAGAAGAAACCCGCAAUUCCAGUGAACACUGCCGCAGCGACAGGGACACCCCCGUAGCCUCUGAGCUUCUUGGUGGAGCAGACCGAAAAACGAGCGAGUGUGUGGUUGAUGAGGGAGAGGACGCUCCACAGCUCUUCGAUGAACGUUCGGGUCCCGACACUUCCGAGUCAGGCUCAGCCCGGAAGAAAAAGACCCGAACUGUGUUCAGCAGAAGCCAAGUCUUCCAGCUAGAAUCCACGUUCGACAUAAAGAGAUACCUGAGUAGUUCUGAGCGCGCGGGACUCGCGGCCUCCUUGCACCUGACCGAGACACAAGUGAAGAUCUGGUUCCAGAACCGCCGAAACAAAUGGAAAAGACAAUUGGCCGCGGAUUUAGAUGUUGUUAAUUUUAACCACAACUCCCAACGGAUUGUACGGGUGCCCAUCUUGUAUCACGAUAAAACAACACCCAUGUCAACACUCAGUUUUAACGUGUCUCCAGUCUCGCCACCAAUCAUGGGCUUCUCGAAUUCAGUGAACUAUCCGUUAUCGUCCUUUGCUCAUUCAAUGAAUUUAAUAACAUCGCAGAUGACAGGCCUUGUCUGAUCUUGGGAAAAUGACAUACAGUAUUGACAAUUGAAACCCAUGACAAUUAUCAUCAAUUGGUGCAAUAACUGAUCAUGCUGGAAACUGCAGCAUAUUCUGCAUCCAAAGAAAAGAGAACGCCUAUCACAAGAGAGAGAGAAAUUUGUGUUAAUUGCCACUGUUAUGUCUAUAAUAUAUCUUCUGUGCAUGGGGGCCCUCACAUGUAUGCAAAUAAGGGCCACACUUGCUUUGUGCAAAUAUAGGCCUAUUUUAAUUCAGAACCACUGAUUUAUAAGUUGUCACUUUUCACAUUAUACAUUUUAAUAAACGAAUCCAGUAAAAGUAAUAUGAUUUUUCUGUAAAUGGGUCUCUAAGACAUUUAUAUGAAUGUGCUAUAGGACUUCACGGGACAGCUUUAAAACCAAUCAUCAUGCAAAAUUUAUUUUCACAGGUGUCCAGAUGAUCUGGAUUACUUUGGGUAUAUUUUCUAAACAACUGAAUCAAAAAAAAAAACAGUUUUCAAAGGAUACUAUCACUAUUUACAAAGAAAAAUAGGUUUGGUUUAAAUAUAGGCCCUCUUAUGUGCAGUCCGUUUUUACGGACACAACAGAAAAAGCAAUACUAAAUCAAAACACGGUUGAAUGUAAUAUGUACAGUUUACACUAAAUAAUUCAAUUUAAAUCGAAUAAUGCAUAAUUGUGUAGAAUAUCAAAUGUAUAGGCCUACACGAGGCCUACAAAUAAAUCUCAUGAAAAUAGCUACUCUAUUAGCCUACUGGGCAUAUUUACUCAGACAACAGAAUAAGUACUAUUUAGCCUAAAUAAUGUUGUUUGGAACAACAUUUUCGUCGUAAUUAGACAUAUGCAAUCAUAUCAUUAUAGUUUACAAUGAUUUCAGAAGUAUUUCAGGGUCUAUUUUGAGAAGAAAAAAAAAACACGGAUAAGAAAAACAAGAAGAAAAGACAAUAAAAUCGUAAUUGUGGAGACUGAAUGAGGGUUCAAUAAAAUAAUAUGCAUUACAACAUUAUCGUCCAUGUAUGCUUUCAAUGUCCAAUACAUAAUGAUUAGGUAAAUUAUCAAAGAGGAAAUACGACUUAAAAAUAACUUGAACGGAAAAAUUGAGGGUCAUCGUUCAGGCUGCGCGGCUACGAUAUUUCGAAAGAAUCACAUUGGGGGAAUAUCUAAUUAAACUUUGGUAAAAAAAAUAAAUAAAUAAAAAAAAUUACAAGAUUUUUAUUUUACACACUAAUUAAGUUGCAAGAAGUAUGCCUAAAAGCAUUAUUUUAAUAGCCAGAUGAGAUAAAUAACUUGAAAAAGUCAUAGCUCAAGCUCCCUUUCUUCUUAAACUGACACCCCACAAGCAUCAUCAAAAGAGCUGGCAAAGGCCGAAAAAUUGGCCUUUUCUGAAGAGCACUCGUUUAAAACAGUGAGCAGUGUGAUUCAUAUAGGCUAUGUGUGCCAGAUGUCUGGAUAGGUCUGAGCUCUAGCUCCCACCCCCCUCUGCCAUUGGCCACCGUGCUGUCUGAUUCUCGUGACCAAUAAACGAUGGAGAAUCGUAUUCUUCCGGUCAGUGGACUAACAGUCUAGGCGAACGCAGCAGCACUACACGUCGUGGAGCGAUGGUGCUCGGAGAAUCGAGACGUUAGUUUACGACGCGGCAAAAAAA